GCCAUUUCAGCAGGCUCGGCCAGCCGAGACAGAUACCUGCAAUAGGUGCCUUCAAUAUGAGCAAUCCCACUCUCGUUUCCUCUUAAGUUUCGCCGAGCACAUUCCCGGCUUCUAAUUUCGGCGGGCGCCGGCUCGCUGCUGAGCGUAACAGCGAGCAGCAUGGAGAGCCUGCCUGAAUUCCUAGCAGGAGCGCUACUCAGCCCCAGCGCGGACGCCACCUCCUCCUCCCCAACGGCCGCCGGCGGCCCCUCGGCUCGCGACCUUGAUGCGCACCUGUCUGUCCUGGCCGCCUCCUCCUGGUUUCGCGGCCUCGUGCUCACCACCCUGCCCGACCUGCACCUAGGCGGCGGCGGCGGCGGCGGCGGCGGACCCAGUGGAACUCCCGGCGGCGGCACUGACCCCAGCGGCCCCAGUGGAACCCCCGGCAGCGGCGGCACCGGCAGGCCCCUUGGCAGCGGCAGCGACACUGCUGGUGGUGUUGGUGGCGGCGCCGGAGAUGUCGCCAGUGCCAGCGGCGCCAGUGGCGGCGGCGCCGGCGGCGCCGGCGGCGGCGCGCUGACGUGGCGAGGGGCGGGCCUGGCAUCGCCGCCGGGUCUGGACAGGUGUGUGGCGGCGGCGGUGCUGGCCGUCAGCCGAGCCGGGCGGCGGCGGCGGCGGCAGCACCAGCACUUGCAGCAGCGGGGCGGAGUCAGCGGUGUGGGCACGAGUGUGUGUGGGGAUGUGAGCGGUGGCGGUGCGCCGGAUGGGGCCACUGCUGCUUCAGAUGAGGAGGGGCCGGGCCUGCUGCGGCGAGAGCUGCUGCAGCGGCUGCUGCCCGCGAUGCUGGCCUGUCGCACACCGCUCUCCGCCUGCGCCGCCACCGCAGCUGCUGCCGGGGCUGCUGCGUCCAGAAUCGAAGCUGCGGAGGCAGAAGGAGGCGGUGGUGGUGGCGGCGGCGGCGGCGGUGGCGGCCGGGGCGGCGGAACGGGUCCCGGGGCGCUGACGGCGGCGCACCCGGCGGCGGCGCUGCUGUGCCGCGCGGCGGUGGAGGAGGUGUUGGCGGCGGCGGCGGCGGCGGCGGAAAUUGCGGCGGCGGCGGCUGAGGCGGCGGCGGUGGCUGAGGCGGCGGCGGCGGCGGUGCCGGGGGCUGGGGCGGCGAUUGCGGCGGUGGCGGGGACGGCGGCGGCGGCGGCGACGGCGGCAGCGGAACGCGGAGCUAAUGACCGUGUGGAUGGGUUGGUUCUGAGCUGCUGCGCCGUCCUAUCCGCGGGGGCUGGUAGCAGUGGUGGCGGCGGCGGCGGUCCAGACACCGCUGGGAAUGGAGGGGGAGGAGGAGAGGAGGGCCUGACGCUGGGUCAGGCGGCGGCGGCUUACACACUAGCCGCCGUCUGCACACUGGGGGAGCCGGCGCCGGCGACGGCGACGGCAGUAGCAGGCGCGGAGGCGACGGCAGUAGCAGGGCCGCUAGGACCUGACGCCGUGGAGGCGAUGGUGGCUGUCCUCUGCGGCAGUAGCAGUAGCAGUGGCAGCAGUAGCAGUAGCAAUGGCAGCGGCAGUAGCAGCGCCGCUCUGCGGCAGCACCUGUCUACGCUGCUACUGCCGGCGCUGCUGCGCUACUGCCGCGCCGCGCUGCUGCCGCCCGCCUACGCCGCGGCGGCGGCACGUUGCGUGCGCGCCGUGCUCGCGUCCGCCGGCGGCGGCGUCACAACGCCCCCGGCGGCUGCAGCGGCGGCGGCUUCGCCGGCGGCGGCGGCGGCGGCGGCGCCGGCGCCGGCGGCGGCGGCGCCGCUGCUGCUGCUGCCGCAGGGUCCACCGGAGGCGCUGGGCGGGCCGGUUGGGCCGGCGGCACGUGAGGCGGUGGGCGUGUUGGCGGGCGUGGCGGAGCAUGUGGUGGUGGCGGCGGCGGCAGCUCCGGACGUGGCAGCCGCGCUGCAUUUCCGCCUGCUGCCCCCCGCACUGCUGGCGCCCGGAGACCGCCCCACCCGCGUCCGCUCGCUGGCGCUACUGCGCGCGCUGGCGGCGGCGCCCGGCGGCGCCGCGGCGCCGCUACUAGAGCUGGCGCCGCCGCCGCCGCCGCUGCUGCGGGAGCAGCAGCCGCAGCAGGCGCAGAAUGAGGCGGAGGGGAGGGAGCCGGCGGAGGCACAGGCGGAGGCGGAGGCGGCAAGGGAGGCGUGGCGGCAGGAGACAUGGCGGAUGAUGUGUGACCUGCUGCAUGUGCUGGAGGAGCACAUGUUUCACCUGGUGCAGCCGGUGUGGUCAGCCUUCAUGCCGCCCCUGCUACAGCGCCUGGCGCCGCCGCCUGCUACUGCUGCUACUGCUGCCGCUGCCGCCGCUGCUGUCAGUGGCAGCGCCGACAACAGCAAUGGCGGCAGCGGCGACAGUGCCAGCCGCGGCAGUAGCAGCACCGGCAGUGCCAGCACCGGCAGUAGCAGUAACGCCUGUUGGGCCGGUGCCACAUGGCUGGCGGUGCCGCUGCUCAAGGCCUGCGGCCACGUGAACGUCAGUGUACGGCGGCUGGGGCUGUACUCCGUACUGCAGGCCGCUGUCGUGCUGCCGGAUGCUACUGCUGCUGCUGCCGUACAGCUGCAGGGGGAGGGCGGCGCUGCUGCUACUGCCGCUCCGGUGGAAGGAACGGCGGCGGCGGCGGCAGUAGCAGCAGCAAUAGCAGCAGUGGCUCUGCCAGAGCCGGCGGGCUGGUGGCGGGCACUGCUGGAUGACCACUGCCGCCGCUACAGCCCCUGCCGCAGCUCCUCCACCGGCCCCGAUGCUACUGCCGCUGCUGCUACUGUCAACACCAGCAGCAGUAGCAGCGGCAGUGGCAAUGGCAGUGGCAGUGGCAGUGGCAGUGGCAGUGGCGGUUGCAGUAGCAGCAGUCCCGCGCUGUGGCUGGUGUCGCUGCUACUGCCAGUGCUGGAGCACGACAAACUCAGUUGGGAGGCGCUGCCGGGCUGCAUCAGCGCCGCCCGCCACGCCGCGGCGGUACGGCAGCUGCGCGCCAGCCUGUCACACUUCCUGACGGCAUCCGUGUCGUACUGCCUCCAAACCAACCGGACAGCAAGUACGGCGGCCUCCGGAUCCAUUGAUGGAUCCAAUGCUGGAUCCGAUCGGUCAGUGGCGGCGGCGGCGGCUCUGGUGCUGGCGGUGCUUCGGUUCGCGGCGGAAACGACCCAGCGUGCUACGGCCGCAGCCUUCGUAACAGCUGCCCUAGCGGCGGCGCUGGAGCAGCUGCAGCUACAGCCGGCGGCGCAGCGGCAGUUGGCGGCAGCUGUAGCAGGCCUGGCGGGCGGGCGGGAGCGGCUGCUGCGGGGGCUGCUACUGCCGCUACUGGGACGGCAGGCGCUGCAGCAGCCGCGCGACCUGCAGCAGCGGAUCCACGCAUCGGUUCUCGAUCUGGUUCCGAGCCUGCUGCCAAACCUGGAUCCAGUUUCAGUGGAUUCACCGGCUGAUGAUCGCUUGGGUCAGAACACUGUUGGGUCCGCCGUGGAUGACGUUCUGGCGCUAGUGGGAUCCACGUCUGUGUUCGCCUCCCUCGGUGGCAGUAGCAGCAACGGCAGUAGCAGCUCUGCAGCGGCGGCGGCAGCGAUGGCUGCUACAGCUGACGGCGCCGCCGCGGCGCUGAGCCCGCGCGUGCUUACCUGGCUGGCGGCGGCGCUGCCGGCGCCGGCGCUGGCGGCGUGGCUUGACACUCGCUUGCUCCCCGCUACUGCCGCUACAGCCGCUACUGCCGUCACUGGUGCCAGUGGUGGGGAGGCCCGCAACUCGGAGGCAGGAGCCGAGGCGCAGGCGGCGACGGCGGCGGCGUUGGCGGCGCUGGCGGCGGCGACGCCGAGCCUGCCGCCGCCGCAGCGGUCGGCUGUUCUGGACGGUGUGAGGCGGGCGGCGGCGGCGGCGGCGGUGGCAGCGGAGGGCGGUGGUGGCACGAAUGGGGGUGGAGGGAGCGAAAGUCAAGGGGGAAGUGACAUUGGCGCAACGCUGUCACUGCUAACAUCCCUUCUCAGCAGCAGCAGUAGCAGCAGCAGCAGUAAUAGCAGCAGCAGCAGUGCCGUCGCCGGCGGCGGCAGUGGCAGUGGCAAUGCAGCAGGUGCGUGGGCGGCGGCGGUGGCGGGAGUGGCGGCGGAGGCGGCGCCGGCUCUGGUGCUUGCAUACUGGCGCUGCUGCGUGGAGGGAGUGAGGGCAGCACCAGUUGCCGGGGUGGCGGCGGCGGCAGCGGGUGGUGCGGAUGCGAUUGCGGCGGCGGCGGCUGGGCGGGGUACUUGCCUUUGGGAUCCGGCAGCGGCGUUUGGAACACUGCGGCUGUUGGAUCUGCUGGGUGUGGGCGGCAGUAGCAGCAAGACGGCAGUAGCAGCAACGCCGGCAGUAGCAGCAACACCGGCUGCUGGCGCGGUGCUGUCUGCGUGCGGCGGCCGUGGCUGGCUGCAGCACACACUCCUCGUGUUCACAGGUGGCGGCGCUGCCGCUGCCGCAGCUACUGCCGCUACUGCCGCCUCCGCCGCUGCUACAACCACUUCUGCUACUGCCGCAAGCCUGCCCUUGUACGGGCAGCUGUCGGAGCUCGCGGCAGGCUGCGUGGCGUGCCGCGUCCUGAACGGCAGUAGCAGCAGCGGUGCCGGUGGCAGUAGCACUGGCAGCAGCGGCGGCGGUAGCCACGGCAGUAGCACACCGGUUGAUGCAGCGGCACUGGCGGCGCUGUUGCAAGCUGUUUACGAGCUUGAGCCAGCCCUGGAGCUGGGGGCGAGCACUGGCAGUAGCAGUGGCAGUGGCAGUGGCAGUAGCAGCGCUGGCGGCGGCGGCAGCGGCGCUCUGCGUAUGGAGCUACUGCCGGUUUUCAUGGAGCUGCAGUGGCGGCUCAUCUGGGAGGUGCUACAGCUGCUUUUGCCUGCGGCGGCGGCAGCGGCGGCGGAUGUGGCGGCGGCGGUGGCACCAGCGGCGGCGGCGGUGGCGGCGGUUGAAGGCGAAAGCAGUGGAGCUGGUGGGGCACCGACGGUGACGUUGGCAUUCAUGGAGGGCGUCCGGGAGGCUGUGUGCGAGAGGGCGCUCUCCGACCUGGACUGCGCGCCCGACGCCGCACUGCCGCCAAUGCUGGCGGCGCUGCUGGCGGCGGCACCGUAUGACUCCGUACUAACCGCUGUAACCGCUGCCGCCCGCCGCGUAACCGCUGCCGCAACCGCCAAACCGCUCGCGGCGGAGCAGCCGCAGCAGGAGGGUGCGGGGGAGGCAGAGGCGGCAGAGGCAGCAGCAGGGCGCGGGCUGCGGCAGUUACGGCUGCUGCAGCGGUUACAACGUACGGUGUUGUCCGUACUCAAAGGCGCCCGCCGCGUGCCCGCCUCACUCGCCGUACACGCGCCGGCACUCACCGUACACCUGAGUGUACUGCUGGCGGGCGUGGCAGCGGAGGCGGCGCUGGCGGCGGCGGGGCUGCCCGUGCCAACCGCCGAGGAGGCAUCUGGAUCUGGAUCUGGAAGCGCCAAGGGUGGGAAGGGCGCAGGAAAGGGAUCUGGCGGCAAAGGCAAGGGCGCAGCGGCAGGAGGAGGGGCUGCUGGCGUGGCGGUUGGCGGGCGGCGGUUCAGCGAGGCUGAUGUGGAGCUGCUGACGGUUGCUGCGGCGGUUGGCGCCGCCACAACCGCAACCGUCGUGCCGCAGCUGCUAACCACCGGCGGCUCGCGGGUGGCGCUGGCGGCGGCGGCGCAUCUUUGCCACGGCGUGCUACAGCCCACCAUUGACGCCGAGGCCGCCCAGGCCGUAGCAACAGCAGCUACUGCUGCUACUGCCGCUUCCACUGCUGCUGCCACGGCUGCCAGUGCUACUGCCGCAGUCGCUGCUGAGGAGCCGCAGUUGCAGGCGCAGCUUGAGCCGGAGCUGCAGCUACAGCCGCUGCUACUGCUGCGGCGGCUGCAGGGGCUGCUACUGCCACACCUGGUGCACCUGCUGGCGUUCUCCACGUGGGCACCUCGCGUGGACGCCAAGAGCCUGCUGGCGCGCAAGCACGAGCCGCACCAGGCCCUGCCCGCCCGCGCCGCCGUGUGCGCCUGGCUGCAGGGCCUCAGCAACAACCGCCACAACCGCCACAACCGUCGUGACGGCAACGGCAGUGCUACCAACCACCAGCAGCAACAGCAACAGCACCAACAACAACAACACCAGCAGCAGCAGCAGCAGCAGCAGCAGCAGCGGGCGCGGGCCGGCUUCAUGGAGCGCCUGAUGCGGGCGCUGCUGAGGGCCGCCGCCGGCUGCCGCCCCGGCGCCCAGCCGCCAGACCUGGAUGAGGGCGGCGGUAUUGGUGGUGGCGGUGCUGGUGGCAGCGGCGGCGGCGGCGGUGGCGGUGGCGACAAUGCCUCGGCAGCCGAGGCCGCGGGCGCAGAGGCGGAGGGCGGGGCGGAGGAGGGCGGGCAGCAGAAGCGGCGCUGGCGGCGCGCCGGCGGCGGCGGCGGCGGUCCGCAGCAGCCGCACCACCAGCAGGACUACAGCUGGCUCCUGGUGCGGGAGUCGUGCCAGAGCAGCACACUCAACUCCAUGCGGGUGGCUCUGUGGCAGACCGUCUGUCUUGUGGCUCGGCAGCUGCAGCCGGGGCCUGCUGCAGCCGGUCCCGCCCGUGCGGUGUGGGCGUGCCUGUCCUCGCAGCCGCACACACACGCCAACGUGCGGCCGCUCAUGCAGCAGGCGGGGCUGGCGCUGCUGGAGCGGUGGGGCGGCGGCGGUGCGGCGGAGCUGCUACUGCCGGCGCUUGGGCAGUACGACACAGCCAGCUACCAGGUGUGCGUGUCCCUGGUCAUCAUGGGCGGGCUGCUGCUGCUGCACCGCCAGCAGACCCGGAUCCAGAUCCAGGGCCAGAGCCAACAGGGCCCUCAGAAGGUGGUAGAUCCGGAUCUAGAUCUUGAUCUGGAUUCGGAUCUGGAUCUGGAGCGGGCGCUGCUGCAGGCGCUGCUGCCGUGGGCGCUGCACCACCGCCACGCGGUGCGGGUGCCGGCGCAGCAGCCAUUCUCCUCCCCCUGACCGCCCUCUCCGCCCUCAUCCCCC